AUGCGCUUCUUCGAUAUUACGGCUCUAGCGCUUGUCAGUGGUGCCGGUGCUUUCAAGAUUACAGAGCACGACAAAUUGGCAGCUCUUGGUCUUGCAAACGUCGGGAUUGAUGUAGCACAGAAUGGUUAUCCGAACCCCGGCCAAUGCACACUGAAGAACGUAAGAGUUCGACGCGAGUGGUCAAUGCUCACAAAGCCUGAGAGGCGAAACUAUAUCGAUGCCAUCAAGUGUCUCCACUCCAAACCUACUCUUACGCCAGCUGGGGUCGCGCCCGGUGCAAAGAGCCGCUUCGACGACUUUGUCGUGACCCAUGUGUUACAGACAUAUUCCGUCCACGCAACUGCCAACUUCCUAUCUUGGCACCGAUACUAUAUCUGGGCCUAUGAACAACUACUGCGUGACGAGUGUGGCUACAAGGGCUACUUGCCAUACUAUAAUUGGGCAUGGUGGCACGAAGACCCCGCCCCAUCUCCUCUGUUCGACGGCAGUGAUACUAGUAUCGGAGAUGCCGGAGCCUACAUUCCCGGAAGGAAUUACACUUGCCUGCCCUCUGAAGCAGCGGGAUGCCCCAUCAAGCUUGAGCCUGGAAGCGGCGGUGGCUGCAUUUCCGGUCCUUUAGCAAAUUGGACAACAGGCAUUGGGCCCAUUCAAUCCAAGGUCAAGGGAAUCAAGCCGAACCCGCAAGCUGACGGUUUGGGCUACAACCCGAGGUGCUUGAGUCGAGAUGUCAACAAGCAUGCUGCUUACAGGUCAAGGGAUGAGGUUAUCACCGAACUCAUCAAGAACAGCAAGGACAUUCUUACCUUCCAGAACCGCAUGCAAGGCGAUUUCCCAACCGGAUACCUUGGCGUUCACAGCGCUGGUCACUACACCAUUGGAGGAGAUGCUGGUUCCGACUUUUUCAACUCGCCGUCCGACCCCGCCUUCUAUUUCCACCACGCACAGAUUGACCGCACUUGGUGGAUCUGGCAGAAUCAAGACCUCAAGAACAGGAGGAAUGCGAUAGCGGGCACUAUUACCUUCCUGGAUUCGCCACCGAGUCGCAAUGGCACGCUGAAUGACACGCUGACCCUGGGUCCAAUGUUCCAGGACACGUUUAAAAACAUCACGAUCAAGGAUGUGAUGAGCACGCUUGAUGGGCCAUUCUGCUAUAUCUACGUGUAA